GGUGCACGGGGAGGAGGGAGACGAGCAGAAGAACAGAGAGGGGGAGUAGACGGACAAGCCAUGGCGGACGGCAGUGUGAGUCGAUACCUUGUUUGACUCGUAUCUUCAUCCCGAUGACCGCUCCAAGGCGCCUAGGAUGCCGACUUUCCUCCUUCUACUCCUUGGACUAGCGGCGGGAUGCGUGCAGGCCCUGGGUAGUAGUCGCGAGGAGGUUCCGGCAGUGGUCGCCCUUCCUCUCAAAAAAGGGGGCGGGGGGCUGGGCGACCCCUGCGUUGAGAGCCGCUGCGGCCCCGGGACCAACACGGUAUGCAGCAACAAGACCAAGACCUGCAUGUGUGACUCCUACCACCCUGUGUCCAUCAAUGACCAGCUAUGUGCCAAAGGGGCCUUGCUGGGAAACCCCUGCUUCCAUCACGACCAAUGCCAAUACUACGACGCCAACUCCAUGUGCCAGGAGGAGGGCAACAACCGCUCUCAGUGCCAGUGUCAGGAGAAGUAUGAACUCAGAUACAUCGAGGGACUCAGCAUCCCUAAAGUUUGCUUCCCUGAUCUGGAAUCCCUGAAGGCGGACGUGCCCACACUGCUCGGCCUCGGUCUGGCGCUGUCCAUGUUGUCUGCCCUCAUCUGUCUGGUGCUCAAGAUUUUUGCACGAGCUCGCUUCGCCCGCCCUCGCCGCUAUGCCGACGCGCGCAUCAACCCUCCGCUCACUGUGUCCGAAACUUACGCAGCCUUCGCCCUCGCUGCCAACGCCUCCAGCAGCAGCAGCCCAGCGCGGGGUCGACAGUCCUCCAUUCGCUUAACAAAGUCAGCCUCCUCCUCCAGACGGCCUUCCUACAGCUCCCUGCAUAGUGUCCGGCCUGGCACGCGGCGGUCCUCCCAGGCGUCGCUGCGGCUGGUGGUAGGCGAAGGACGUGGAGAACCUAUUGGAUACUACGUGUGUAUAAGGGAUCCUGCCACCGUACACUCCCGAGGAGGCUCGAGAAGGCCGUCCCAAAGUUCCAUGGCGUCCAGCUCGGGUGACUUGCGGGAGGGGAGAAUGCAUCACUAUCUUUACCUACGGGCGCCCAACUACUCGCUCACCUCAGAGACCAACACUACCACCACGGGCACCUCUGACUCUUCGCCGCGGACCCCUAAGAGCGCCGAGCAGCUCCUGGCGGUGUACUCGGUGCCAGAGCAUUCUGUCCUGGAGCUUGGCGGUGUCGGCUCGUCCCACACCACCUCCACGCUCGGCUCCUCCAGCGACGACGUGUUCAAGGAAGAGGACGAGGACGAGGAAGAGGAGGAGGAGGAGGUGGGAGAGGACGAGGAGGAGGGACGACGUCGAGGAGAGGGAGAGGAGGACGAGGAGGAAGAGGAGGGCGAGCGACAGCAAGAGGAAGCCAAGGCCAGAUUGAUCGUUUGAGUUCCGUCACUUCCACCACCAACAAAGCCAUCAGUGUGAGAAUGAAUGCGUGGACGAGGACGAAGGGAGACAGAAGACACGCUACAGGUGGAGUCAAGAAGAAGAAGAGGGUGAGAAGGAGGAGGAAAAAGAAGAAAAGACAGUUGGACUACGAAGAAGUGAACUGCGAGUACUGUAAGAGCAAAGCAUAACUUGUAUCCAUUGGUUCAUGUUUAUUGAUUUUUUGUCAUGAUAUCGUGUGCAGAGAGAGAGAGAGAGAGAGAGAGUGUGUGUGUGUGUGUGUGUGUGUGUGUGUGUGUGUGUGUGUGUGUGUGUUUGUGUUUGUGUGUGUGUGUGUGUUUCUGUGUCAGUCGUCAGUCACUCUAGGAAGCGAAUACGAAAUUAUGAGAAAAGUACUUAACACAAUGGGAAUGAUUCGUGAAGGCUUAAUAGUUCGCGUGCACGUUUCUUUUAUUUUUUUUUUUUUUUUUUUUUUUAUUCUAUUCGUGUCCGGGUUCCGUUAGCGAAGCGAAAUGACAAAUGCGCGGCCGUAAGAGAAAUAAAACUGAGAGAGCAUGAAUGAACGAGGGUGUAAAUGAGUGAGUGAGUGCGCGCUCGUGUUUCCGUGACGUUGAAAGAAAAUGGAACGCGUUCAGUCAGUUAUCGAGUCACUGCUGUCUCGCUGCCAAAGUCAUUAUAUUUCAAAGAUGACAAUAUAACAGUGCCGGUCAGAAAUAAUCAAAACUGCAAUACUCAGCGUUGUACUAAUGAUGCUCAAGACCACGGUGGCUCGCUUCACUAAGAUGGUGCGUGGAGGUUUGAUUAAAUGUUUGCAGCGUGACAGCGACGAGAAUUUUGUACACGUGUUGAUUAAGGUGGUGGUGGUGGUGGUGGUGAACGAUGCUGAGAGAUAGAGAGAAAGAGAGUGUGAGAGAUAAAAAGAGAGAGAGGCCGCUUUUCACUGAUGGCUUUUCUUCCUUCAGGAUUGAUAACCAAAUCAAACUCAGUCAAAGCAAAUCAAAUGAAUGCAAAACGUGAACCAAGAAGCAAAUGAUAACGUUGCCUUUUUCAACAAGUCAAGAAAACAUAGAUACAAAACACCUUUUUUUGUAUAUUCUUUCGUCUUUGUUGGUCGUCUGUUUCACUGCUAACGUAGGUGGUAUAGUAUUAACAACCCCGCCACAACACACAACAAAAAAAAAAACCGAUAACCAAAAAAAAAAAAAGCAAAACAGCGAUGACUUCCAAUAUUUUUCAUCAAAGUUCAUGUAUCGUUCUUAGGCCUUAUUCAGAAACACCUUGCUCUCUCACUACGUAAAUUUUUGAAGUCCCCAGGGAUGACUAGCAAGGUUUUCAAGACAGUUUCUCUUUAUGAUAAAUUAGAAAUCUUGCUAAUCCAUCACCAGAACCAUAGAAAUACCCUUAAGAACAUGAGUACCUUCAACUAAACCCUUUGAAAAUAGGCGUCGUGAGAAAGCAAAGCGUUUCUGAAUAAGGGCUUUUUUUUCCUCCACUGAAAGCUCUACAGAACAACCUUUCGGAACAAUAACUCACAACUGUCUUACUAUCUACGACAAGUUAACGGUAAAUCAAAAUACUCGGAGCAGUUUACAUCAUACGCACAGACGAUACAAAAGUCGCGUGUUUCCAUGUGUUGCCUUUACCGAGACUCGCAUUUACUACACCUGGUUCAUUGUAACGCCGAACACACAACAAAGUGACCUCAAGGAAGAAGAAAAAGAGGGAAAACAUACAGGGCAGUGAACUUUUGCACCGUAUAAGACACGCACCUCUCUAUGUCCCUCCCGUAAGUAGAUUGCACGAGGUAUUUUUUUGGCGCCUCCCAUUCCCUCUUUUUAACCCUCCACCCACACUCCACCUCCCUCACUUGCUCCAGCACCUCCCACAACUCCCCCAGCCACCCCCAUCCCCUCCCGUACCUCCAUUUCUCACCACCACCUUCUCUUAUAUGAUAUCUCCUGCUACCUCAUGUUUAUCUGUCUCUGUCGGUCUCUCUCUCUCUCUCUCUCUCUCUCUCUCUCUCUCUCUCUCUCUCUCUCUCUCUCUCUCUCUCUCUCUCUCUCUCUCUCUCUCUCUGCUGGUUCUACUACUACUUUUACUGCUAUCACUACUACAACUACUACUAUAGCAACCCCACGUCUGUUCAGUAUUGUAAACACUUUGACACCCCCCCCAAGAGCAUUUCCCCUUUCUUACUAUCCACCACCAUCACCCCCCCCCUACUCAGUCCCUCGCACCCACGCACUCGUUGUCCCUUACAGUUUCCUAACCCUUGGUAGGGGAAAAAGGAAAGAAUUAAGUAUCACUGAGGGAAUUUCUUAUUUUUAUAUGCUUCUAUAAUGUGCAUAAUAAGAUUUUUUAAACCUUUAUUUCCAAGUUUAUACAAUUUUUCCUACUUCUUGUACUGUUCCAUGUCAAGUUUUUUAAUCACUUUGAAUUGAUAAUGAUAAUAAUAAUAGUAAUAAUAAUAGUAAUAAUAAUAAUAAUAAUAAUAAUAAUAAUAAUAAUAAUAAUAAUAAAAGUGUUUAGCUCUUUCGUUUUUUGCCUUCGAUGAGAAUUUGCCAAAUGGACUUUUCUUCUUUUUUUAUUUUGAUGUCUGAGAGAGAGAGAGAGAGAGAGAGUGUGUGUGUGUGUGUGUGUGUGUGUGUGUGUGUGUGUGUGUGUCUUUGGGUGUGUUUAGCAUCCCUCCCUUUUUCAAGAUGGAGCCGUUCCCGUCGAUCGUUUAUUUAUUUACUUAUCUAUUCGCUUGCUUUUACUUAGCUCUCCCUGAGUAUGUCCUUACCCUGCCCCGCUGCCCCGCCCCACCCCAGCUCCGCCCCGUUGUGCAACCUCUUACUAGACUAACGACCCUCAUGUUGGCUCCUCCACUGAUAGCUAGAACGAGAACAAUAGCAGCAAGAAUAACAACAACAAUCAUAAUAAUAAUAACAGUAAUAAUAAAAAUACUAAUGAUAAUAGUAAUGGUGAUAAAUGAUGCUAAUGGUAAUACUGCAUAAUAUUAAAUGGUGGUUAUACGUACUGGUGCCAUUAUUGUUGUUUUGUUCGUGGCACCAAGUAUAUGUAUGUUGUAAGAUGUUGUAAGAGAAGAUAUUAAUGAGUGAUGAUAAUGAUAAAGGUGAUAGUGAGAAGGAUAACGAUAACAGUAACAGUGAUAAUGAUGAUGAUGAUAAUAGCAAUGAUGAUAACAAUAACAAGAAUAUCAAUACCACUCAGUAAUAGCAACAGCAAAUGGGGAUUUCAACAACGACUAAGAAAAAAAAAUUACGAAAAAGAAAAAAGUUUGAGUUCAUUGAUAAACGUUACAACAACAACCAUAAUAACAACAACAAAACGAACUUGCGCAGUGUUUUAGCGGUAGAGAGAGAAAAAAAUAAUAAAAACAAGCAUAAUUAUUAAAAAUAUGUGCCAAAACACCUUUCCAGAGACACUCACGUCAAAAUAAAUCAGAAAAAUAUGUAGAUCAAGAAAAAUAACAGCACAAGAAGAGGAAAGUUUGUAAUUAUGAAAA